CCUCUGGCUCGCCCUGCGGCGCAUUGUGGGAUCUGUCAGCCUCUCGGAUGGUGGAGUACACAGCGCGCGGUCAUGGGGAUCCAGCCGAGCUCAGUCCUGCUAGCCUCCGUGGGGGUGGGGCUGCUUACACUGCUCGGCCUGGCUCUGGGCUCCUACUUGGUUCGAAGGUCUCGCAGGCCUCAGGUCACUCUCCUAGACCCCAGUGAAAAGUAUCUGCUGCGCCUGCUGGACAAGACGACUGUGAGCCACAACACCAAGAGGUUCCGCUUUGCCCUGCCCACCGCCCAUCACAUUCUGGGCCUGCCUGUGGGCAAACAUGUCUACCUCUCUGCCCGAAUCGAUGGCAAUCUCAUCAUCAGGCCAUACACUCCUGUCACCAGUGAUGAGGAUCAAGGCUAUGUGGAUCUCAUCAUCAAGAUCUACCUGAAGGGUGUGCACCCCAAAUUUCCUGAGGGAGGAAAGAUGUCCCAGUAUCUGAAUAGCCUGAAAAUUGGGGACAUGGUGGAGUUUCGGGGGCCAAGUGGGUUGCUUACUUACACUGGAAAAGGACAUUUUAACAUUCAACCCAACAAGAAAUCUCCACCAGAACUGCGUGUGGCGAAGAAACUGGGAAUGAUUGCUGGCGGGACAGGAAUAACCCCAAUGCUACAGCUGAUCCGGGCCAUCCUGAAAGUCCCUGAAGACCCAACCCAGUGCUUUCUGCUUUUUGCCAACCAGACUGAAAAGGACAUCAUCUUGCGGGAGGACUUGGAAGAACUGCAGGCCCAACAUCCCAAUCGUUUUAAGCUCUGGUUCACUCUGGAUGAUCCCCCAGAAGUUUGGGCCUACAGCAAGGGCUUCGUGACUGCCGACAUGAUCCAGGAGCACCUGCCCGCCCCCGGGGAUGAUGUGCUGCUGCUGCUUUGUGGGCCACCCCCAAUGGUGCAACUGGCCUGCCAUCCCAACCUGGACAAACUGGGCUACUCGCAAAAGAUGCGAUUUACCUACUGAGCACGCCCCAGCUUCCCUAAUGCCAUUCUCUGCAAUUGUCCCCAAUCAGUACUCAAGCACCAUAAGCCCUAGCUUCCUUUCUUGAGAGUAUCAGCCUUUUGUGUCUUACUCUGGAGCUGAAAUCUGGAUGAUACCUGCAGGAACAACAUUCCUGUAGCCACGGAAGAAGGCAAAAGCUGAGUCAUUCCCUGGAAUGCCUCCCAAAUCUCCCUGUGAUAAAAGGUCCUGGUGAGGCCCAUGGAGCUGUCUCUUUUCCAUGGGGUAAGAAAAAAGGGAGCAUGGGCCUUUGUUCCAAGACUGGCCAGUUCCUUGAUAGCAUCACACUCUCACCUUCUUUCUGUCUGGGAUGAAAGGAACAAUCUGUAAAAUGAGUUUUACUUAACAUUCAGUGCCUAACCUAUGGGAAAAUUCGGUAAAUGUGAGUACACAUGGAGCAGACUUCCAGAGGUAGUCUCAUAGAGAUGGCAGGAAGGAGGGAAUGGUUUCUUCAGACCUGCAGACUUCAGAGAAAGGAGUCUGAAGUAUGUAUUUGUGUGUCUCUAUCUCUCUCAGCCCCUGCCCAGGCUAGAGGGAAAUGGCUUUUGGUAAUCUAGGACUGUUGUUUGUGGCAGGAACCCCUGGCUAUGCAAAUAAAUAGGGCUAAGGCCCAUGUGUGAUACCUAA